AUGGAGCGACCAGAGCAAGUGGAGUCUCCGCGCAAGCGGCAGAAGACCGAAGACACAUCGGCCAACAAUGGCGCUGAUGAAUUGAUUUCUAAGAUUGGUGCCGCAGGGACGCAAGAUGCCCAGACUCUGAAGGAGCAAGAAGUCGGCAUCACCGAAAUUGUCACUGCUGAUAACGAGGGCUUCUCCGGCAUUCUCAAGAAGAGGUAUACCGAUUUUUUGGUGAAUGAGAUUACGCCCACUGGGGAAGUUGUCCACCUCCGAAACGCGCCCGGUACUACCUCCGAAACGAAGACCGAUGCCACCGACUCCUCGAAGCCUUCUACCCAAGAGGCAAAACAAUCCGAAUUGAAGGAAAAGAGCGAGGAGAAAACUGAACAGGCCGACGCGCCCGAAUUUAAGGUGUCGGACGCAGACAAUGCCUUGCUUGCGGAGUAUUUUGGUGCCGAAAAUGCCACGAGAAUUGUGAACCUGCAUAAAAAGGCCAUGGAGAACCCGAAAGUAAGACCAAGUGAAUUGGGUAAAAUCACAGUCGCCGUGUCCGACAAGGACCUACGCACCAAGAUUCACCAAACCAUUCGCCGCAUUUUCAACUCCCAACUCGAAUCGACCACGGAAGGUGAGGGUAAUCUUGCGGUGACGGCGGCCAACAAUCGCUUCAAGCGCGCUCCCCAAGGCCAUCGUGGAGGUGGCGGAGGUGGCCGCGCUGGCGGUGGCCGAAUAAACUGGGAUGAGCUGGGCGGACCUUACCUGCAUUUCACCAUCUACAAGGAGAAUAAGGAUACAAUGGAGGUUAUCUCGUUCCUGGCCCGCACAAUGAAAAUGAAUCCGAAGACCUUCCAGUUUGCUGGUACCAAGGACCGCCGGGGUGCGACCGCACAGCGCGCUUGUGUCCUUCGUGUCCAAGCGGAGCGACUUGCGGGCAUCAAUUCCAUUCUUCGAAAUGCGUUCUUGGGAGAUUUCGAGUACCGCAAGCAUGGCCUGGAGCUAGGCGAUCUUGGCGGAAACGAGUUCGUCAUAACGCUGCGUGACUGCGAGAUCCCGGGUGUAGAUAUGAAAGAUCCACAGGCUGCGGCCACGAAGGCAUCUGAGCUGGUUGGCACUUCUCUGAAGAACCUCCAUGCUCGGGGCUAUUUCAACUACUACGGCCUCCAGCGAUUUGGAACAUUUUCGACGCGCACUGACACUGUUGGUGUCAAAAUCCUGCAAGAGGACUUCAAGGGAGCGGUCGAAAGCAUUUUGCAUUACCCCCCUCAUGUUCUCGUCGCGGCGCAAGAAGGAGAAGCAUCUACAGCAUUAAUUAGUACUGAUGACAAGUCCCGCGCCGAGGCGAUCUACAUCUUCCAAUCGACAGGGGACGUCAGCGCGGCCUUGCCGAAGCUCCCGCGGAAGUUCUCCGCUGAGGCAUGCCUUAUUCGCCACCUGGGACGGGUCAAAAAUGACUACCUGGGAGCUCUUCAGUCCAUUCCCCGCAACCUGAGACUCAUGUACGUGCAUGCCUACCAAUCGCUUGUCUGGAACUUUGCUGCCAGUGAGCGCUGGCGACUUUACGGCGACAAGGUCGUUGAAGGUGACCUAGUCCUCAUCCAUGAACACCGAGACAAGGAGGCCAACGGGGCCGCCGCACAAAAUGAUGGUGUGGAUGAAGAUGGGGAAAUCGUCGUUGCCCCCCAGGCUGAGGACGCCUGUGUCGCGGAAGACGCUUUCACACGCGCCCGGGCGCUAACCGCCGAAGAGGCCGCCAGUGGCAAGUACUCGGUCUUCGAUGUGGUGCUGCCUCAGCCUGGUUUCGACAUCUUGUACCCUCCCAACCAAAUGACCGAAUUUUACCGCCGCUUCAUGGGCAGCGAGCAAGGCGGCGGCCUUGACCCGUUCCAAAUGCGCCGCAACUGGAAGGAUUUCAGUCUGAGUGGCAGCUACCGUAAAGUCUUUAGCCGCAUGGGACCUACAUAUUCGCAUGAAGUGAAGCUCUAUUCGGAGGACAAUGAGCAAUUCGUGCAGACGGAUCUCGACAAGUUGAAGGGUAAUGGUGAAGGUGGCAGCGCCUCCGGAGCCCAGGCGGGAGACAAGCUGGCCAUUAUUCUGAAGUUCCAGCUCGGCUCUAGUCAGUAUGCAACGAUGGCUCUUCGUGAACUGACCAAGGGAUUGGUCAGAGAAUACAAGCCUGACCUGGGCGGAGGCCGAUAG